AUGUCCAACAACAAAUUCGAUACUAAUCUCAACAAUGCCGAUGAGGACGAGUACGAUCUCAAUUCCGAGAUUUCGAAUCUCUCCAAGAUGCUCUCUAAUUUGAAUAAAUUGAAGGAUAUGAGAGAGAAUGUCAUUCGGCAGAUGCAACAAGAUGGAAGAAAUAUCAUACCGGAAAUUCAUCCACUGAUAAGAAAUUGGGAGGGUCAAAAUCCAGACCUCGGAAAAAUCUUUCGUCGAGAAGAGAUGAAUUGGCUUCUCACGGAGUACGUAAAGUUCAUUAAAAUUCCCAGUGCGUUGGAAGCUAAUUUACUCAGUUUCGUGAUCAAGUGCGGAUACAAGGACAAGCCCGAAAUUGAUAAGGACAACAAGCCACUACUGCGUCGAACCACACCGGUGCAUCACGCGGCUCGGAGUAAUAAAAGUUACGUCAUCUCCGAUCUCUUCAAAAUAUACGACAGAUUCGACGCCAACUACGUCGACGAAUUUGGAUUAUCGCAUUUUCACGUGGCCUCCCAGUGCGGUUACGAUGACCUCGUCGUGAAAUUUCUCGAGCUCGGGCAAGAUCCCAAUUGUCUACUUGAAAAAUCCAUCGAUCCUCCGCUGCACUUGGCUCUGGCCGGCAGCCACAAGAAGGUGGCCGAAUCACUGCUCAGAAACGGAGCCGAUCCGAAUUCAACCGACCGUUACGGAUCGACGCCUCUGCACAUCAUUUGUCAGAACGACUUUGACGCUGAUUUUAUCGAGCUGUUCUUCAAGAUCAACGACGAGAAGCGUCGACUGGUGCGGCUGAAUAGCCGGGACAAGUUCAACGAUACACCGUUGCACUUGACGCUGCGAUUCGCGAACCAAUACAGCGUCGAAAAAGUGGCCAAGUUGUUGCUGGAAAGAGGCGCCGAUCCGAACGUGGCCAACGUGGAUGGCUUAACACCGCUGCACGUCAUCUGCAAGAGGAAGAACGACGCCGCGGACUUGGCGGAGACGCUGUUACGGAUCUGCGACGACAGACGUCAGGUGGUGCACGUCGACGCCUUGGACAACUCGGGCCGUACGCCGCUUCAAUGGGCCGUGGCCAAUCUCCAUCCGAAUCUGGUCGACGUUAUCUUGGAUCACGGAGCGGAACUGUCGAGCUUCGUCUUCCCCACCCCGAGUCAAUUCCACAAGGGAUUCGUGUCGCUGCUGGAAGAGACGUGGAUUCAUUCGAAAUUGAGAGCCGUGUCCGGCGCUCGAGCCGUCGUCAACGCCUCGAAAAAAGGGGAUACAAACUGA